CCCAUCACUCUCCUCCCUCACCCUCUCCUCCCUCUCUCUCUCUGUGGUUAAACUAGACUUGAUGACCAAUCCUGACCAGAUUCUACUCCCAUCGCAACCCUCUGGAAUCUCUCUCAGCGUUCUGACUCUGGCUAUUGACGUUCAGAUAUUCUCUCCAGGAGAAGACAGGAAGGAAUUAGAAGAAGGGGGAAGUUUGUGUUUUUCUGGACAACUAACGAGUCUCUGCCAUCUCUUUUCUGUAAGGACUGACCUUUCCUUUCAGAAGGAAGGACCUACGACAUCCAGAAGACAUUUUCAGAACAGCACUUUAACACGGAAAGAAGGAGGACAUUUUAACACCAACAAAGCAUUUCAACAAAAGAUCAAGACAUUUUUGAAGAUUCUCACGGACCGUCUCUGUUAAAUUCUUUGCAACUCUCUGUUCAUUCACUUCUGUUGGACUCUCUGUCCUGUACAUUUCUCUGAGAGUGUCAGUCGGUCCAUCCAGCCCAGCAAUGCAGGUGUCUAUAGCAUGUACGGACCCCCACAUGAAACGUGGAAAUGGGGACCACAAGAAUACCUCCAGCCCGGGCAAUGCAGCCCGGGCCAAGUUCAGAACUGUGGCCAUCAUAGCACGCAGCUUUGGGGCGUUCGCACCCCGACACCACAUCUCCCUCAAAGAGUCCACGGGGAAACUGACUGGCAUGAAAUACAGGAACCUGGGGAAAUCAGGACUUAGAGUGUCGUGUUUGGGACUGGGUACCUGGGUAACGUUUGGUGGUCAGAUUACAGAUGAGGCCCUCUUUGCUCAGGUCUGGGGGGCACUGAGGUAA